GACUUCAUUUGAGAGAAGGAACUGAGAAAAAUUUCAAUCCGAUCGAAUACUACUUUGACGUCCGCAAGGACACCACCACCUCUCUCUCUCUUCUUUCAUCCUCUUCCCCUUCUCUCUCUCGCUACACAGCGAAGAACAGGUCACAUACAACAGUGGAAGCGUCCAAUUCAGUUCCCCUGAGACGAAACCAGAGAGACGGAGGGGGAAGAAGAAACUCACCCGAGAUGUACUGAGGAAGCAGCAGCAAGAGAAGCCUCCUCAGGAUAUUCCUCUACUCAUAAUCGGGCGGGGAAGUGAUGAAGAUGAGCUGCCGAUCAGUGUGAAUUCGAAGUCUCCGUUCCGCUUUCCUCAAUUUCCAGCUCAUAGUUUCCAUGAGAAGGCGGGGUGAAGAUUUGGCAUCUUUCCGUGUUGCUAGUGGAUAUCUAAAAUGCUCAAACACGGGGAUUCUUCCUUGGUUUUGGUCAUCUACGGCUUGUGUCUUCUGCUUGGAAGAACUCAGACACACAUGCUCCGGCGCAAAGAUUGCUCAUUCAUGUUAUUUCACAAUAAGGACUCUUAUUGUCUCGAGUCUGAGGGUCAAAUCAUUUCUGGGUUGAACGUCAGAUCUUCUGGUUUUUGUUCAUUUCUCUUAUCUAAUAGUUCAUUGCAUUGAUGUUGUUUUAGGCUUUCCUCCUUAAGAGCACAUUAGACAGUUUUGCUGGAGUUCUAUAUCAUAUUAGGCCCAGAAAGUUAGGCUUCAUAUAUUGAGAUUGGAAAGAUGGUCCCUUCUGGUCCACCGGCUCCAACUGGUGGUGCCCAAUCCAUUCCUCCUUCACUUUUGAGGUCAAGCUCGAGUCUGUCAGGAGCUCAAGGGGGGUCAAUGCCCAACCAAAAUGCUUUUAAUUCCCUGAUGUCUCCUCGUGGUCAGUUCAAUAAUAUGAAUAUGCUCGGGAAUGUACUCAAUGUGUCUUCUCAACUGAACCAAUCAUUUGAAAAUAGUGGUCGAAAUGCUGUGCUGCCUGCUUCAGGGAGCAGCCAGCGAACUGGCAUUGAUACUGGGGCUGAAUCUAAUUCUUUGUCAAGUAUUGGUAACGGAUAUCCUGGUGUUUCUGGUCAACUCCAAGGGCAACAAUUUUCUAGUGCAUCCAGUACCCAUUUGAGACCUGAUCAUUCCACCCCUCAACAAUUUGAACCACAAAAUUUCCAGAAUGGUCAGCACAUGGUGCAACAGUUCUCUGCUUCUCAGAACACCCAGCAGCAGCAGUCCCAACAACAAUUCCAGUCAAUUCGUGGAGGGAUGGCUGGCGUUGGACCUGUCAAAUUAGAGCCUCAAACGGCAAGUGAUCAACUGGGAGAGCAGCGGCCACUGCCUCAGCAGCAGCAACAGCAAUUGCAGUCAUUAAGGAAUCUUGGUCCAGUGAAGUUAGAGCCCCAGCAAGUUCAGAGUAUGAGAGGCCUUGCACCCGUGAAGCUGGAACCGAGUCACUCAGAAUCAUCGCUGUUUCUGCAGCAGCAGCAGCAAUCACAGCAGCAUCAGCAGCAGCAUCAGCAGCAGCAGCAGCAGCAGCAGCAGCAGCAUCAGCAUCAGCAGCAGCAGCAGCAGCAGCAGCAGCAGCAUCAGCAUCAGCAUCAGCAUCAGCAUCAUCAUCAUCAUCAUCAGCAGCAGCAGCAACAGCAUCAGCAGCAGCAGCAGCAACAGCAUCAGCAGCAGCAUCAGCAGCAGCAUCAACAAUUGCUGCAAAUGACAAGGCAGUCUCCACAAGCAGCUGCAGCCCAAAUCAAUAUGUUGCAUCAACAUAGAUUAUUGCAACUCCAGCAACACCAACAACAGCAGCUCAUGAAGAUUCCUCAACAACGAGGUCAAUUCCCACCGCAGUUUCAGCAACAGAAUUUACCCCUGAGGUCUCCUAUCAGACCUGCUUAUGAACCUGGAACUUGUGCUAGGCGCAUCACGCAUUACAUGAAUCGGCAACAACACAGACCAGAGGAUAAUAAUAUUGAGUUUUGGAGAAAAUUUGUGGCGGAGUAUUUUGCCCCCAACGCGAAGAAAAAGUGGUGUGUCUCAAUGUAUGGAAGUGGACGACAGACAACUGGAGUUUUUCCUCAGGAUGUCUGGCACUGCGAUAUCUGCAACCGGAAACCAGGCCGUGGCUUUGAAGCAACAGUUGAAGUCCUUCCAAGACUCUUCAAAAUAAAGUAUGAAAGCGGUACCGUGGAAGAACUGCUAAAUGUUGAUAUGCCUCAGGAAUAUCAGAAUUCUUCGGGUCAAAUUGUUCUUGAUUAUGCAAAAGCAAUACAGGAGAGUGUGUUUGAGCAGCUCCGUGUAGUCCGUGAUGGUCAACUUCGAGUUGUUUUCUCUCAGGACCUGAAGAUAUGCUCUUGGGAAUUUUGUGCGAGGCAUCAUGAAGAACUUAUUCCUCGAAGAUUGUUGAUACCUCAGGUGAGUCAGUUGGGAGCUGCAGCACAGAAGUAUCAGGCAGCCACUCAAAAUGCAUCAUCUAACUUGUCUGUGCCAGAAUUGCAGAAUAAUUGUAACAUGUUUCUCUCAUCUGCUCGCCAAUUGGCAAAAGCUCUGGAAGUUCCAUUAGUGAAUGAAUUGGGGUAUACAAAAAGAUACGUCCGCUGUCUUCAGAUAUCGGAAGUGGUCAAUAGUAUGAAAGAUUUAAUUGAUUACAGCAGGGAAACAGAAAGUGGACCUAUGGAGAGCUUGGUGAAGUACCCACGAAGAACAAGUGGCUCGUCAGGCUUACAAAACACACCUCAACAACCAGAGGAACAGCAGCAUCCGCAGCAAUCAAUGUCUCAGAGCACAAGAACUGAUCCGGCCCCUUCUGAGGUCACAGGAAUGCAAGUUGAUCCAAGCAACAGUGUAGCAGGUGGAGAUAACUCGAUCAACAUCGCAUCCACGUCCGCCUCUUCUAGCACGAUUAUAGGUCUUCUGCACCAAAAUUCUAUGAACUCCAGGCAGCAAAGUUCGAUGGGUAACACAGGCAGUCCAUAUGGAGCAUUUAGUGGUGUUCAGAUUGCAUCUCCGGGUUCCUCUACGACAACCAUCCCACAGACCCAACCCAACGCAUCUCCAUUUCAGUCACCGACACCAUCCUCAUCUAAUAACCCAAGUCGGAGUUCUGUGGAUAUCUUGAAUUCUGUGAAUUCACCUGCAAAUGCAUCCCUUCAACAACAGGGAAUCUCGAGCGAAGCAGAUCAGAGCGAGAAUCAGAGCUCGGUCCAGAAAAUAUUGCAGGAAAUGAUGUCUACCCCACUCAAUGGUUCUGGGGCUAUGUCAGGUAUGUGUUCUUUAGGGAAUGAGUCCAGUCAUGUGAAUGGGAUUAUACCUGGGAUCAACACUGGAGGCCUAAAUGGGCCUAACAUCCAUAAUCCAGGCUUGGGGCCAAGCAGCUUCAGCCAAAUGGGUGCGCAGCCCGCAAUGGUCAAUGGGUUCAGAAAUUCAGUUGGCAAUGGUAAUCCGCUGAUGAAUGGAAGAGUUGGAAUGGGAUCGAUGGUUCAAGGGCAAAGCAUGAACCGUCAGUCUGAUAUGAAUAACCAAAUACUGAAUGGGUUAAGAGCUGUGAAUGGCUUCAACAAUCUUCAGUACGAUUGGAAGCCAUCUCCAUGAAAAGGUCCAGUGAAAUAGCAUUGCAGUUUCCAUUCCCCAAAUGCAUCUUACGCUGCUGCUUGAGAUUUGGCAGAAAAGCUGAAUGCAAUUGUUUGAGAAGAACUCAAACCGAGCAGCUCCCAGGGAUUUUUCCCUCCCAAGUUCUCUUACUAAUCUUGGAGAAGGCUAAUAUACAUAUGUUUAUUGAUGGCUUUGAUACAAAAGAGUUUGGCGCUCUUAUAUGUUGAUUAGGGGCUUUCGACUUCUGUGGAGUGGCUUUCUCUGGUUUUUUUUUUUUUUUUAACUCCGAUACAGUGGGUCUUAUCCAACUAACCAAAUGUGAUCGGGAAUUCCCAAUACCGGGAGGGGUUGAGCCACUGCCUGAUGGAGCUGCUACUUGUGAUGUGUAUUACGUCCACCACUCACCCUUUGAGUCGUUUAUAGGAACCUCUUUCCCUGUCUCAAUGUAUAAAAUGUUGGCCUAGAAGCAGUAUCAGUGUAUAACUUUUUGGUCCUCUUGUUACAGUGAUCUUUUGGUGAAAUAGCUCUGAAAUUCAUCUUCUUGUUCAUUUCAAUUGAAAUUUUUGUCUUUCGCCCAAA